AUGGGUCGCGAACUACAAAAGAAGAAGAACAGAUCUUCCAUCCCGAAGAUCAAGCUCAAGCCAAAAUCCAAGCGCGUCAAUCCCCUCGGGAACGCCAUCAUUGCCGCGAACUGGAACCAGAAGGAAACCCUCACCCAGAAUUACCGCCGGCUUGGUCUCACCUCCCGCCUGAACUCCGCCACCGGGGGCACUGAAAAGCUGCACAAAGGUACCGAGUCGAAAACCAGCACCGUCUCCAAGCUCGCCAUCACGAAUGCAGUGCCCAAGACCAUAGCUCCUACCGAGGUAAAAGUCGAGCGCGAUCCCGAGACGGGGAAAAUUCUGCGUGUGAUCCACCCAAAGACUCGCUCGAAUCCGCUCAAUGAUCCGCUGAAUUCGGAUUCGGAGGAUGAGGACAUGGACGCGGGAGAGGGAGAGGCCGAGGAGAAGAAUCCGAUUGUAGCGCAGCUGGAAGAACAGGCGCGCAGCGGGAAGGAGAAGAAGGAGAGGACUCAGAGUGAAAGGGAGAGGGAGUGGAUUGCCAAUUUGGUGCGUGUGCACGGAGACAAUUACAAGAAGAUGGCAUGGGAUCGGAAAUUGAAUCCGAUGCAGCAGACGGAAGCGGAUCUCAAAAGGAGGAUUGCGAAGUGGAGGGCGCAGGGGGGAGAGGUUGCGGCGAGCGCAUGA